AUGGCGCCUGGGACAGCCGGCUGCCUCGUCUGCAGCACUGCGACCGAGAACUGCUGCUCUGCCUGUCGCAAGGCAGGCAUCGAGCUUCGCUUCUGCUCGGCGGAGUGCCAGAAACGAGUCUGGAAGUAUCACAAACGGAUUUGCGGUCCUCGUUCCAAUCCCUGCCUCUGGCCACCCUUGACGCAAGAAGAAGCGGACGACGCCCUAGCGCACCUCGACUGGCGAGUUCAAGACCCCGACCAUCCGGACUUCCCUUCGCUCGCAAUGCACUUCAACGACCGCUUCUCCACACCUCGAGACAAACUCAAGAACAAUGUCAUCCCCAACCUCACCGAAGCACGACAAGCCGAGUUCCCUCGAACGGAGCCGCUCGAUAUCGCUCUCACCGACCUCGUGACUGGCGAGCUGCGCGCUCUCGAGAUGCAGCGCAUGGACGACAUCCAGAUGAGGACGAUGCAGCCUCGUUCGACUGUCUGGCAAUACGCGUCGAUGCAGUGCCAGCCAUUGACUCGCCUCCCUCCGCCGCAAAUGCUCGAGCCGUGGCAGAGUCAGCUGCGGCAUCGCAUCGUCGUGAUUUGCGCGCUUCGGAAGGUGCAAGACGCAAACCGGUCGUUCUACAUCCGAACGGCUUGCAAGUCCUUCACCGACUGGGUAGCAGGAGAUCUCGCCAAGGAGCAGCCCGCGGCUGCCGCCGAGGUCAAGGAACGACUUCUCAACUUCCUCAUGUUGUGCUCGCUCGAGCAAAAUGGGCCUGCAAACGCUUGA